GGCCUACUUUUCGUUUAGAUCGAACGAUGUAUAUUGAGUAAAGAGAGUUUGAUGAGGACGAGUUAUUAGGGAGUCUCCGUACUAUCCCAUGGUACACUAGCAGCUUGCUACGUCAACUAACUCGACACUGCAUACCCACUACCUAGCUAUGCAUGCACUCAGCUCAGCCAGCCGGUGCGGCCACUACCACUAUACCGUACACAGACAGACUGUGCGUAAUUACCGGUGGCAAGUUGUGAUGAUUCAACGAAGCAAGAUGUUUGUAGAUCUAUCCUUCUAACGGUUAUAUUAUAGUUGAUAGAUUGUGGCACGAGAGUCGCAUCUGCAUUUAUUGACAAAGUUAUUUUUCCUCAGAUUUCGUCUGUCACAGAAUUGUUCAAGAAAAGAGGAGGCUUAAUCAAUAGUCAUCAAUUCAGAGCUGGUCUUUCGUGAAUGACAUUUCGUCAUGAAUGAUGUGUGAAAAAACUAACUAACAUCGUCAUUGAACAAGAGUCUUGAGUCAAGGAAAGAGACGUUAAUUUAACAACAUUGAGUAAAGGUGGUUGGUGGUUUGAUGCGAUUGAGUUUCUGAAGAACUUCUUGAUUGUUAUCUUUAAGCAGACAUCUGUUUCGUUACCGAGUCUGAGCUGAAACUUUGGAGAAAUUGUGUAAUGUAACGUAUCUUGGCAAUGCCAUACACCACCAAUGUACAAUAGACGUCGACACCCUUCAACUGAAGAAAACAUUAGUGAGAGCAGCAGGUUUUCCGGUAACAGUGGGUACCACCAACGCAGCGGUUGGACGGUCACUACUCACAUUCCACCAGAGACUCUUUCCACGGCAGGAGGAGUAGAUACUGGCGAUAUGACUUGCCGAGAUCGCACCCAGGAGUUCCUCUCCACCAUCAAGUCCAUGCAGUCAAGACAAGGCAAUGGAGUGACAGCUAACAAACUGAAUGGAAAGCCACAACAAUACACAGAUUUCAUGAGAAUUGCAAAAAAAAUUGGCAAGGAUCUGAGCAAUACAUUCUCAAAACUUGAAAAAUUAACACUAUUGGCCAAAAGGAAAUCAUUAUUUGAUGAUAAAUCUGUAGAGAUUCAAGAACUCACAUACAUCAUCAAACAGGAUAUCAAUAGUCUAAACAAACAAAUUAGCAAAUUACAGCAGCAUGUCAAAGGAAGUUCACAAAAUGGCCGUCACAUGCAAUCACAUUCGAAUACUGUGGUUCUCUCGCUUCAGUCUCGAUUAGCCAACAUGUCAAAUUCAUUCAAAAAUGUUCUAGAAGUUAGAACUCAGAAUUUGAAGGAGCAAAAAUCAAGAAGAGAGCAAUUUUCAUCUAGUAAUACGCCAUCAUCAGCUCGAUCAAGUUCAGUACUGGACGAGCAGCAGUCAAACGGUCACAUGACCAUCGACAUGGGUGGACUGGACGGACCAAGACAUAGAGGGCAGCAGCAGUCCAUGCAGAUGGUUGAACAGCAAGAUAACUACAUCAAGAACCGAGAGGAGACGAUGCAUAAUAUUGAGAGUACCAUUGUAGAAUUGAGUGGUAUCUUCCAGCAGCUUGCCCAUAUGGUCAAAGAACAAGAAGAGCAAGUUCAAAGGAUUGAUGGCAAUGUCGAUGACACAGUAGCGAACGUAGAGGCGGCCCACAGUGAACUCUUAAAGUAUUUCCAGUCAGUCACUUCCAACAGGUGGUUGAUGAUUAAGGUAUUUCUUGUUCUCAUCGUUUUCUUCAUAGUCUUCGUGGUGUUUGUGGCUUGAUGUUUGACAGCUCGUCCCCUUCCGGGAUUGCUUUACGUCGCUGUUCUUACUCAGCCAGUGCCUUGGAUUUCUAUUGAAGCAAUUUAAUUUCAAUUUCAAAAAUAACCUUUGAUAUGAGACACUGGAUAACUCUCUUACACAUUGUUCAUGUGCAACAGUGCCGAUGAAUGUGAAAUUGAAGGGGUAUCAGGAUGUCAUUCACUUGUUUAACUCGUUGCCUAUCAGAACUGGUUGGUUGCUGCAUGAGAUCCCUAGGAAGGAUUCAGUUGGACUGAAAGCCAUACAGCGUUGAAGGAUGAAAUACAGGAGCGACUGAUUACUAAUCCUAUAUAUAGUCAAGUACACAGACAUUCAUUACAUCAAGCAAGUUCCUUAGAAAUGUAGUUUGCAUGUAUACUAGCUAAAACAAACCUUGUCAUUCCAUGCACUUAAAUGUGCAUGAACUUAAGAUUGUUUAAGUAUAUUAUAACGUGAAAUUAAUUUCCAACCACAAAUCUUUGCUGGCUAUUGUUCUAUGCCUGAUCUAUCUCUAGUGUAGGAGAUGUAAAUGGGCAGUAUUACUUUUACCAUCAUACACAGUGAGGGUAUUGAAGUAGUAUAGUUUGUCCAUGAUAAUCGUUGAUAUUUGAUACUGUAGUCCUCAUGCAUGUAUGACAUAAUCUCAUAGCGCCCUCCCUCAGAGGAUAUCUGAAUAUGCGUAAACAGAGUUGUCAGAGAUGCGCCAGCUGCAGAUCACCAAUGCACGCAAGGCAAUGGCUUCAGCCUCUAAGAUGGCGGAGUGAUGACAUCAAUGCAAGGUCUAUUAUUUAAGAAACUGUCAGAGCAUGGGUUUGCUUGUUCUGCUAUAAUAACAUGGUAAUUUGAUAAUAUGAUUUACUGAUAAUAUACAUUCAAGUCUCAUUUAGGUCCAGUAUGAUAUAUUUUUUCCUUGCCUACUAUUAAUGCUGUAAUUAUACACUGUUAUACUAUGAUAGUAUGAGUUUUCACCUGUUCUAAAUUAUUUUACCACCUUAUUGUGCUGUUUCAAGUCUCAUUGAGGUCUAGUAUAACUUUUUAUAUAAAAUAAUAUAGUUUAAAUAGUAAAAUAGUUUUCCCUUGAAAACUUAUCAAUACUGUAAUAAGAAACAGUCAUAGCAUAAGUUCCCAGGUUUUGUUAGAAAUGUUUUUGCCAUAAUAUGCUGAAUGAGGUCAAUAGGACAAAACAUGAGUUUUCAUGUUUUGCAAUGAAGGACAAUAUUUGUCUUUAUUCUAAAUUAACUACAAAACUGUGGUGAUAAAUAAAUAACAUAUUUCAAGAUUUAGAAUUAGCACCAAAUCAUCUCCAGUGAUAUCUGAAGGUUUGUCUGGGUUUUUCUUGGUUUCUCAGUUUUGAUAUAUUACUUUUUAUUCCAAUCUCUAAUUAUGCUCUCAAGUAGUCCUUACCAAUGAAAAUUGAUGUCAGUGAUACCUUUACUCAGUGUAACAAAUAAUAAUAUAAACCUUUAAUUUGUUCAAUAUUGUUUGAACUCAAAAUUUAUUCAUCAUAUUUACUUGCUGGUUUGCUGCUUGUUUUAAGACUUUCUAAGUAAUAAUACGAGGUGAUCUUAAUAUAUACUUCUUGAUCUUAAUUUGGAGUAGAAUACAUCAUUGUCAUUUGUAUGUGAUUCAGCCGGAGAUGUCAAUAGUUAUUGUUUGAUGAUUAUGUUUACAUGUUUUGAAAUUGUUUCAUCUCAUUACCUCCCCCUCCCCCCCCCCCUCAUUCCUUUCAGGAAAGUGAUCUUAAGUUGCCGCCUUAUGACCCAGACUUGGAUGUGUGUAUGAAAGAACCCUUUUUCUAAAUAGUUGUAUUUUUGUUUGACAGAAUUGUUUCAAUCAGGGUCUGUGCAUAUAGACUACUCCCCCCCCCCCCCCCCAUUCACAUGAUAAGCAUACAUUAAUGUAUGGAAGAGUAUUGAAUGUCACUGUAGUCUGUUUAGAACAAUAAAAUUACUAGGAACUCAUUUCAUUGUAAAAAUAUUGUAACUUUUUAAAAUUUUGACAAUUCUAUGCUCCUACUUUUCCUUUUUUUUCUUAAAGCUUAAAAGCACAGAUGAUUGACAUAUUGUGUCAUUUAACUUACAGUUAUGUAUGGAUUGAUAUGUUAUACACAUAUUAACAGAGGCAGAUCCAGUAGUUUAAAAAUGAGUGGCACACAUUGAAUUUAUCAAAGGACAAAAGAGGGAGUGGGACAUAUCUACAUCCAUUUUCUCUAAUGUAUUAAGAUAGUAUUUUCACUUAAUUUAUUAUAUUCAGAAAAAGGAGAGGAUGGAUGCAUUCUUAGCCCUUGCAUAAAUCUGCCGCUGUUAUAAUCAAAGAGAUAGUUGAUUUAUAUUGUAGUUUAUGGUUUGAAAUGUAUUACUAGUGCUUAGAAGUGUGCAUUAUUGUUUGUGUGUUUGCCUUAAAUUCAAGAACUGAAUUACUUGCAAUACAAGUAGUUACUUGUAUCAAUAAUGUAUAGAUAAAUAUUGCUGAAGAUAUGGGAGGAGGUCAUAGUUCUGAAAGCUUCCAUGUUUGUGUAGUUGUGUCGUGUGUGAAAUUAUUGAUGUUCUUAACUAAAAAAUAAUUCAAAUAAUAUUAAAAAUCUUAUACACAUACAUGUACAUAGGAAAGUGCAAACAAAUGAUAAGAGCAUUAUUUUGUUUAUAGUUUAAAUCCGGUUUUGCUCCCUUGGAACGAGGGCAUCCAGAUUCACCUCACACUUGUGCCAAUCACCCUUGUGUUUUUAUCCAUUACUAGUUUAUAUGAGGUGCUUAACCCUUUGAACCUGAUAGGCCGGAAGACCCGCCUGAAGUGAAUUUGCAAGUUCCCGGUAGGAUGGAAUACUGGCCUGAAGCCAUGUGACUUUAAAAACAUGGGUUCUAAAUGUCAGGUGAUCUUUAAAAAAUGAUGUCAUCUUUCUAGUACGUGUAGGGAAAUAUUGACUAUGGGGAAGCUAUUGAUAGAUCCGACUUUAGUCAAUAGCAGUGAUUUUGAGCCUGAAACGGAUACUAAAGUUAAUAUUUCUGUCGGUAGGCCAGUUGCAUAAAAGUUCGACCAUAGUAACAAUGAUAAACAACCAAUCAGAAUCAAGGAUUCUAUGCAAGUUACCAUUGGAUGGCAAGUUACCAUAAUGGUUCCUUUCAUGCAACAGGGCCCUGGUCUACAAGAAGUUAAACAACUUCAGCCGGGCCAAUCCGGGUACAGCUGGGGGGAGGAGGGAGAUGCCGUUGUUGCUCGAAUCAUGGGAGAUUUUUAAUGUGGUCAAUAUCUGCAAAUAAUUCAGGGUAUGGGUUCUGGCUGCCCCAAAUAAUUUAGGGUUCAAAGAGUUAAGACAUUCUCUCUAUUACUUCCUACCAAAUGCUCACUUUAUUCAAAAAUAAAUCCCUUGCUAAUGCUUAUCAAUUUAAAAACUGAGUGGAAAGUGGUAAUGCAAGCUUCAUCCUAGAAUUGGGUUUUAAACCUUGGCCGGCUCAUUUCAACUGUACGUGCUGCAUGUUUUUUGUUUUUAUCUAUCUUAGCUCAAGUUUGAUCAUCUUUUUUUAUGCCUUUAUUAUUCACUAUUUACACACACAAAAAAGAUGCAGUUGGGUCUAUUGUUAAGUCUAUUUAUGUGUUCCCAUGAUAAUAGGGUGAACUAUCUGCACAAAUACCUAAGGGUAUUAAUGAAGGCCUUCAGUUGGUGAAAACUCCCUUCAUUCGGGAUUCAAGCAAGCAAAGUAAUUGUUUCAGCACUUUAAUGGCUGUCUAUUAAACCAGAAUAUGCAUCAGAUCUCCCAACAAAAUUUUGAUGUAAUUUGUUAUGUUGAAUGCUGUUCAUUAUAUUGCAUGUUUUAUUUGAAAUUUCAGUGGUCAUGCAUCUAUUCAUUUUGUGAACAUCUUACUUCAAGGAAUUAUGGAAUCAUGAAAAGAAGAAUAUUAUGUUUGUAUUUAAUUAGUAAAUUUAUUCUGUUGUAAAUAAGAGUUUCAUUAUUUUUCAAAUAUCUUAAUAUUUGUUUAUGAAUUAAUUAUUUCAUAGCAUUCAUUAUUGAAUUGUAGUCAAAUUGUAUUUAAAGGAUUAUUUGUAUUUUAUAAUCAUUGAUGAUAUGCUGUGACAUAAGCAUAGCAGUAACAUUCCACUGAAAAAUCCAGGUUAAUAGGGAAGCCUCAAAGUCGAGAAGCAACACCCCCCCCCCCCCCAUCACCAACACCAACACUGGAGAGCCCUUUGCUUUGAUUAAGUGCCAUGCAGUUUGUCUUUAUUCUCUCAUAUUGCAUAUUCAGAUCUCUCUCUCUCUCUAUAUAUAUAUAUGCUUACAUUUUUCAUGAGAAGAGAAGCCCCCAUUAAAAAGGGGAGACUGUACACAUGUAUGUUUGUAUGCACAUUCUUUAGUUCAAGGGCCUGAAAGGUCCUUUUUGCAGCAUAAUCUAAGAUGUGCAUCAUUUUCAGCUUUUGCUGUCAUUCUUUGAAAGCUCAUGAUUACCAUUCUCUUUUAUUAUGAUGAAACGAUUUCAAAAAAUCAUUCUUAAAGUUAUUGUAAUGUUCAUGUAGCAUAAAAAAAAAAUCAAAUAGAAAUACAUAAUAUGGUGUAUUUUUGAAAGAGCUGUUUAAGGUAACUCCAAUAAUUUUAUCUUGCUUUGAUCAUAUUGACAUUGUUUGCAUUCUUGCCUGUGUAGAUUAUAUUUCAUUACAAUGUACAUGAUUUAUAUGUUUGUUUACAGUAUAUCUGCAUCAGUGAUAUUUCUGUAAGCUCAUCCUUUGUUUAAGUGUACUAAUCAACAUUUCUUCUUGUGCUUUGUUUCAAUUUGAUCAUGAAUGUUAUUAUGUUUUGUUUUUUCAUCCGGUAUAAAAUGCACAUGCAAAAUGUACAUGGGGCGUGAUUGAAAUGGGUUAGAAAUAAUGAAAUUCUGUAACCCUUUGGAAACAGGAUCGCCCGAAUCAUUACAUGUAACAUGAGAUAGCUGCAUGGCAUUCCUUAAUACUCUUAAUCAUAAUCUUCAUUUUUGUAUUAACCAUUAGGCUAUUUUUAAUAGGUAGUUUAUAAUUGUUUGCUUUUUGCACUUGUAUAAAUUAAUCCUUUAAAUCUAUAUAAAAAGUAGUAAGUAUUUCACAUUAGCAGCAAAUUUAGGGUUUAAUAUUCAUGUUCUCCCUAAUUGGGGAUAACUGGAAAAUCUUAAUCUAUAAUCUUAUAAUAUUUAAGUCAUGUUUUCUUGGUUCCUUGGGAUGUAUUAACUUUUUUUUUUUAAAGUUCUGUUUUUCAGCUAAAUCUCCUUGAACCCAACACAAUUUCAGACUGCGGUUGUUGCUUGAUUUGCAAGCUUGAUCUUUGCAAAAGCUUAUUAAUUCAUAGAAGAUGUUCACCUUGUUGAAGAAGUAAGAAUGGUUGAUAUUUUGAGCUAUAAAGUGGAUCACAUAUUUUGUAAUGAAUAUUUUCUGUUGUCUUGGAUACCAUGCUAACGAUUUUAAAUACUACCAUAUAGUAUAGAAUCAUAGUUACAUGUAUUCAAAUCUGUAAGGCUCCUCCUUAGAGAUGUUACAUGUAUUGAAACAAGAAGAGCUAUUAAGCCUGAAUGGGAACUAUUUCUAAUGCGCUGUUAGUCAUUUUCAAAUCUACAUAAUGACAAAAAGAAGGUGAUUAAUUGAAUUUAUGAAAUACAUGCCUUACGAGUGAAUCUGUGAUAGGAUCGAUAUUUAAAUCCCUCCCCAGCUUAUUAUGUUCUUUCAUUUUCCUCAUUUGUUAAUUAUUGACUUAUUUUUGUUAUUAUUUUAUAUUCUUUACCAGUAUAAUGAUGCCAUAACGAGUAUAAUUCACCUCAAAAUAUUUUUUUAUUAAUACCGAACAGUUGUCCGAUUGUGAUGUAUUUCGAUAAUGGAUGUGUUCUCCGCUACAUUUCUUGAAAUGCAUCUUGCAUGUUAUAUUCUUUGUGAGAUGUAUUACUUAUGUAAAAAAAAAUAAUGGUAAAUUGUAAAUUGAUGGCUUCUAUGAUGUAUUUACACCUUAUGUUAAUAUUUUAGUGUAAUAUAUGUGAAACUCAAAUUAUAAAAUAUCUUGACCACUA